GGGAGGCCCCGUCAAACGACAAGGUGGGGCGCUGUGCCGGUAUGGACCGAACGUGGGGAGAGUAGAUGGACUGACUUGUGACUGGUGUAUGGCACUUGAGGAUGCCUGAGGGCGUGUCAAGACUAUCGUGACGUGGAAGCAACACCGUCAACGCUAACGGAAAGCGAGAGAAUACCGGUUGAAGGUCUUUCUAUCGCAAGAAAUUUGCAUGAGUGUGAAGACACAGCAAUUGAGGGACGCCUGUACUCGAGGAUUUGGACUGCUCUGAGUCCGACACCGGCCGUCAUCCGGUCACGUGACCGUCUGAGCAGACACCCGGUCACGUGGGUCCCUCUGGUGACGUCACACCACCGCCGGAAGUGGUGGCUUCCGGUGUGAGCGUCUGCGGCAGCCCCUUGUCCGACGACUGGUGGUCGCCGGCAGGCGUGCGAACCCUUCCGCCGCCUUCCGCCAUGGAUUCGGCGGCGGCGCCCGGCCGCUCACAGCCCGACCCAUUCGUCACAGUGGUGAAUAUAAGUCAAAGUCAGCUGGCGCCGGCGCCGCAGGCGUUCUACCAGAACCCGCAGUACCACAGCGUGCUGGAGGGCCGCAAACUGAGCGUCCAGGUGCCCAACGAGAGCAGCGAAGAGGUCGUCACCUUUGUCACCGUGCUGGACGUGAGGGAUGGUGGUGAGGAGGGCUCUCCUUCAGCGCCCGGUACGGAGAGAGUGGCGGUAACCACUGACAGCUUCACAGACUUGGCGGUGGGUUCGGUCUCAGAUGAGGCAGUAGAGAUGGAUGUGAAACACACCAAACUGGCCGGCGAUGAGACGCUAUCGUCUGUGGCGGUGUCGUCUCACACUACUGAGCUGGUGACGUUGUACCGGCUGCCCGGCGAGCGGCUGGGGCUCGGCCUCAAGUUCCGCGGCGGUGAGAGUGCUGAGGAGCCCGUGCAGGGUGUGUCGGUUCAGUCGUGUGCCGAGGGCAGUCCGUCGGCACGCGCCUCGUGCAGCUGGGGUCGUCUGCAGCCCGGGGACCGGAUCACGGCGAUUGCCGGCCGGCCGGUGACGGCUCUCACCCGGCUGCAGUGCGUGCAGCUGCUGCAGGACACCCCUCUAGCCGUGGAACUGCGCGUCAGACACCUGGGCAGGCGAGAGACGCUGGUAAGCCAGGACAGCGGCAUCUCGCUCGGAGGGGACACCCUGCGCGUGUCUCCGGCGCGGGAGGUCGACGCUCGGGAUAAAUCCCCGACAGGGAGGAGGGAGCGACGGGCCGCCGGCGCGCCGGCCGCGCCGCUCGUCACCACCGACGCGCUGUCGGCGCAGGAGGCGUGGCUGCAGACGGCGCUGGAGUCGGACGGCAGCUCGUGCAGCAGCCGCAGCAGCACCUCCACGGUGGUGGAGCGCGGCGCCGGCCGGCUGCCGCCGCCGCCGGCGCCGCAGCUCGACCUGGCCUCGGCGCUGCGCCAGUUCGAGCGGCUGGAACGUGAGCUGAGCAUGGACAGUGUGUUCGCGGCCGGAGGAGCGGACGAGGAGGGCAGUGUGAGCCCCCUGCCGCCUCCCGAGGUGUUCCAGGACAGACCGGAGCUCGCAGAGGACUCUGAGAUCGAGGAGGAGGAGAGGAACGAGACGAGGACGAUCAGCCGGCAGCCGUCCUCGCCAGCUGAGGAGGACGAGGGUUUCCAUGACUCAGGCGGGAGUGGUGGAGCGAGCCCUCCGGCUAGCCACCGCCGGCUCAGCGAUGGGUCCGGAGAGGAGGCUGAAGCCCAGACUGACGACUGUCCUCUGGAAGACCGGACCCUGGAGACUGAUGAAAUAACGCAGUCUGAUGAGGAGCAGGAGUCACCGCCAGAGGAGAGAGCUGCUCGAUCGAAGGAGCCGUCCCUGACUGAGCCAGACAGAGAGGGCUCUGAGGAAGAAUCAGGAGCACGUGUUGAAAGGUUAUCCACAUUCUCGUGUGAUGUUUCUGAUGAAGAUCCCGAAUUCAAUUCAAACGAAGCAGAUCAAGCUAACGAAAUCUGCGCCGAUGAGACAGACACUGCUGAACAAGCGGACGCUGCUGCGGAAGUGGCGAUAGACUCACCUGAUUCUACCUCCGACGCUUUAGAAGAGACAGAAUCCUCUCUACAAUCUGACCAGUCCGGCGCUACACACCCGCCCGAGACGGCGGACACCGAUGUGAAGACGGCGACCGAAGCGGCUUUGUUGGACGAGGGCCCUUCGGAGGGAGUUCUGGCCAACUAUGUGCCGACGCCGAUGCCCAGGAAACGCAGUAUGGUGCUGGUCCCGGCCGACAGUGACGACGACUCUGUGGAGAGUGACAGCGGCGCCACCGCUGACGCCGAGACGCAAGCAGCGACACCUGAAGAGCAGAAACACAACCAGCCAGGCCCAAGAUAUGGUGAGUACAGCUCAUCUGCAGCAGAGCCAGCGACUGGUGUGUCGUAG